AUGGCCCCAUCUGUAGUUACCCAAGAGCAGCCAUCAGUUCCUGCCGGCGACUUGUUUCGUUACGAAUCAUCGUCUCAUUGCAAAUCGGUAAGUGUUCCAGCAUCUGCUGCUACUCCAAACACCAAUUUGAAAGCACGUGCCAUGAUUGGCCAAGCUCUUAACACUCAAGUUUCAAACAUUGAUCUUGAUGAGUGUGAUCCAGGAGAUGAAGACUCCUUUUUCGUGGCCGAUCUUGGUGAAGUUCAUCGUGCAUUCAACUUGUGGAUGCAACAUCUUCCUCAAGUUCAACCAUUUUAUGCCGUCAAGUGUAACACUGAUCGUAAGGUCAUUUCCUUGUUGGCUCUGCUUGGUUGUAACUUUGAUUGUGCAUCCAAGGCUGAAAUUGAUAUUGUGUUAUCCCUUGGAAUUUCCGCUGAUCGUAUUGUCUAUGCUAAUCCAUGCAAGACCAACUCGUUCAUCCGGAAUGCUCGUACCAAUGGUGUCCAAUUGACCACUGUGGACAACUCGCAAGAGUUGUACAAGUUGGCUCAAUACCAUCCUGGUUGUGGAAUCUUGCUUAGACUUGCCACUGAUGAUGAAUUGGCCCAAUGUCGUUUGUCCACCAAGUUUGGUUGCAGUGUUGCUACUGCUACCCAUGAGCUUAUGCCCUUAGCUAAGGAGCUUGGCUUGUCUGUCAAGGGUGUAGCCUUCCACGUUGGGUCUGGAGCCACUGAUUUGACUUCUAUUUUCAAGGCUAUUCGUGAUGCAAGACAAGUGUUUGAUCAUGGGCUUUCCCAUUUUGGAUUUGAUAUGUCUGUUUUGGACAUUGGUGGAGGUUUCCAACAGGACUCUUUUAUUGAGGCAUCUGCCAUGGUUAGACGUUCUUUGGAUCAAUGGUUUCCUCAAGAUUUUGCCGAGCAACAUGAUGUGAAAUUCAUUGCUGAACCUGGUCGGUUCAUGGUUUCCAACGCUUUCACUCUUGCGGCACAUGUCAUUGCACGCCGUGAUUGUGACGAGUUGCCCAUGCUCUACAUCAAUGAUGGAGUCUAUGGUAACUUGAACUGUAUUCUUUUUGAUCACCAGCACCCAGAAGCGCUGGUGUUAACCCACUUGGGUGAGUUCGUCUAUGACCAAAGACUGACUUCCUCAAGAAAAGACUUUUCUAUCUGGGGUCCUACUUGCGACGGGUUAGACUGCGUCAGUAGUCGGGCCGGUUUGGGCCAUGACGUUGCAGUUGGCGAUUGGUUGUACUUUUCCAACUUGGGUGCGUACACCUCUGCGGCCACUACCUCGUUCAACGGGUUCAAGAGUGUAGCAAACGUCAUCUACGUUAAUUCGGAGAGCGAUUGA